GGUAAAAAUCCUCGCACAUUUUCCCAGAUCAGUAGCCAAUCGGUUUAUUAAACUAACGGAUCUGUCUUUCCAGCCAUUUGGAAACCUCACUUUUCGGCCUGUUUUUCUAGUCAACUUUUGACUUUCUGCCUGGAGAAUGCUUGCCGAUCCCGUUCUCCGUUGUGCAGAUAUCCAAGCUUGCUGUUCGUGUCUUGGAUUCCGAGAGGGCGAUGUAUACAAAGUUGAUACGGAUGCAGAAGCAUCAAUCCGUGCACUGUUACGUUAUCUGAGAAACGAGAGCAGCAACUGCGACGUUCGUCGUGAACUUGGAAGGCUUAGAAUUCUCUCGAGUGAUCUUAUUCCUCUGUUGCGCUCAUGUGUUGGCAACAAGACCUUGACGGAACUGACAAUACGUUUACUUGUGAACUUGACCCAACCUGCUAUUAUAUGCUUCAGACAAGAAGUCCCUAAAGACAGAGAUCUUUAUGGUGCUUAUGCCCAAGUGGAUGAUUUACUCCGGUCUUACAAAAAGGAUUUUGCCAAUUCGGAACUGUUUUCCGUCCUACGCAACCUAGUCGGUGAGCUACUAGAUCGGGUAAGUGAAUGA